AUGCUAGAAGCCCUUGAUAUUGCACAAGAGUUUGCACCAUAUCCAGUUCCUGCUCUAUAUACGUUUAAUUCUCCACGAGUCGGGAAUCCAGAUUUUGCAAUGUAUGUAAAUCAACAAUUGCCUUUUAUAAGACGUGUUGUUUACAAGGGAGACCCUGUUUCCCAUUUUCCACCGAAAAUCGUGUUCAACUGUCAUACUCUUGUUGAAACUGCUCUAUGUGACUCGGUUGCUUUUGUUUUCACAUGGAAACUUCUUCCACUGGAAAUUUUAGAGUGUGCUUCACUUUUUGGUGAUAUUUGGGCAUCAGUAUUUCAAGGGAAUAUUGCUGCUUAUGCAAUUUCAUUUUGGGAGCAUCCCGGAGUUGAAAUAUGGUUACCCAAUUCUAAUCCAGCUUCAACUGUUACAUCAAAAUUGGUUUUCUUUAUUAUCAUCGUUGUAGUAAAAAGAAGGCACGCAAUGACAGAUUUAGUUACUGUGAGAAAUUAA